AUGAGAGGUAUGAAAUCAGUGAAGAGAUUGCUAUACAAAUUGAUCGUUUUGGGUGCUGGUGGUGUUGGUAAGUCCUCCGUCACGGUACAGUUCGUACAAGGUGUCUAUGUCGAAAGUUAUGAUCCAACAAUUGAAGACUCGUAUAGAAAGCUGAUCGAGGUUGACGGCAGGGCCUGUGACCUAGAGAUCUUGGACACUGCAGGUGUUGCCCAGUUCACUGCAAUGCGUGAAUUAUACAUCAAAUCUGGUAAAGGUUUCUUGUUGGUGUAUUCCGUGACAGACGAGAACUCUUUGACAGAGUUAUUGGCGUUGAGAGAACAGGUGCUCAGGAUUAAAGACUCGGAAAAUGUCCCCAUGGUCCUUAUUGGUAACAAGAGUGACUUGGACGAAGACAGAGUAUUGUCCAUUGAUGAUGGUAUCAAGGUCUCCCAGCAGUGGGGACUGGUUCCUUUCUACGAGACCUCUGCCAUGUACAAGACCAAUGUUGAUGAAGCUUUUAUAGAUGUUGUCAGGCAAAUUAUGCUCAAGGAAGCACAGGCUAGCGCCGAGAAGAAGCAGCAGAAGGAAUUGCAAAAACAGCAGGCCUUGGAUGGAGGUGUCGAGAACGGUGCAGUUGGAGGCGGAGCCGGUGGCAUCGACAGUGAUUCUGUGCUUAAAAGAAACAGACAAUCCACGUCAUCGAAAAAAGCCAUGUACGCCCUUGGACCGGUAGUCAACUUUGCUCCAGUUGACCUCCAGCGUAAUCAGCGGCGACCCUAUGGGUCAAAGGCACAGCAGGCAGAAAGGAGCAACAAUAACCUAGAGAGUGUGGUACUGGCGGACACCACCGAACGUCAUACCGCUGGAGAGCUCAUCACAUAUAUAUUCCCUGACUUCAAGGCUGUCAGUUAUUUUCAAAAGGAGUUUAUUGCUCUUAACGAGUUUCAUGUUGCUGAAGAGACUGAAGCUCAGGGUUUCGAGAUCUACUUGGUGGACCAGUGGAUACGGGGCAGAAAGAUAGGAGGUGUUGUUUCUACGUAUACGGGAAACAUGGAAGCAAAGGUUAAGGUCAUCAAGUUUACUGUGCUACGAAAGCCCUCUAAGCAAUAUCCUGGUCGAUUCCAGGAGUAUCUCAAUGAGAUGAUGAUGAACCAUGCCACGUUCAAGAAGAUGGAGCAAGAAGCCACUGAUGGACCAAAUAAUCAAAGCACCUUGGAUGUGGUGGAAGAUGGUGCCGUAAAUGAGUUCUUGCUUGUGACAAAUCUUGAAGCACUUCCUUCUAAUUUGAACUUGAUUCCUAUCCCAGAAGGUGAUACUAGGCUUGUGGAAGAACGUUUUGUCCUUAACUCGAACCUCAAGAAACUUAACUGUGGUGGACGUUCUCUCUCGCUUGCUGCUCAAAAGGUCUCAGAUGCCUCCGAAGAUAAAUUCAGACAGAUGUACAAGCUACUAGACGAGACUGUUCCCAUCAAGUUCGCAAUCAGACAGCUAGUCAACCUCAUUCAAUCAUGCCUAUUCUACUUUGACUUUUUAGAUGCCCGUUACUGUGACGGGCUUCUUUGUCAGAAGACAGAGGAUGCUAUCAACAACUGGUGGAAUUUAAUCGGCUUGCCGCACUUUAAUGUCAAACCUAACCCAAAAAGUGGUAUUCUUCCUUCUAAGACCGUUGCAGCUAUUCUCAGUCUUACAUUAAGUGUUAGGUUACGUUUGCAUUUAUAUGGUGGUUGUGACGUGCCCAAAGAUGUGUUUGAUUUCGAAAACUUUAUGCUUUCGAUCGGCCAUUUUCAAAAGCAAGCCAAAAUUGAAAAGAAAAGAAAACUUGAUUUACUCACUCUUCUGAGGCUUUUCAGCUUUACAAAUCAGAAAUUCCCAUCUGACAGUACGAAACACACAGGAGAUCUUUCUGGAGAUGAGCAUGAAGACUUCUACGAUCCCUAUGUGGGAUCAUACGGGCAUGGUAAAAAUCUGCGCCAAACCCAACCACUGAAUAAUAACUCCUUGUACAAGAGAAACAAACUCUAUUAUUCGAAGGAAUUGAAGAAGUUGACUAAUGUUGUUAAGAACACCGUUCAAGACCAUAUUAUCGUUCGUGAAGAUGACGACAACUUUUUCGAUCCCCCUUCUGCUUCAGGAGGUAAAAUUAGAAACAAGAUUGCAUCAAAGCUCGUUGAUAAUGUUGUCCCUGCCGAUAUCGAGACAUUGGAUUUAGAAUUUCUUGUUCGCAAGCAUUUGACGGGUAAGACGCUAAAGACCUUGUGGUACGGUACGUCACAUCAUUCUGACCAAACCCAACGAACCUUGCACGUUGGGCAUAACGGACACAGAAGGAACUCAAGAGUAAGCUCGGAUUCCAAUGAAAAUUCAAGGUACAAAUUCAUCAGUUUGAAAGAGGCCAUCACGAUGAAUCAAGCCUCAGGCCUCGUGACAAAUGACCGAGGCAAACGAGCAGGAAGAAUGAGAUUUGGCUUUCAAGGAAGAAGACCCAAUGUUUUGGCAAAGAUGGAUAUGUUAUCGGAUUUUUCGAAUCCGGACCAGGUUUCUUCAAAACAGCUGAAACUUAAUGAAUCACUACUUGAUGCCCAGCUCAAUCAACUCUCUUGUGGAGAUAACGAUGCUUGUCAACAUGCUGUUGAAGAGUGUUUUGCGCCACAGUUACGUGAGAAAGAUACGAGAAGCCUUCUCAACAGGCGUAAUUCUUUUCCCAUUGCCCAUCCGGGUGCCGACUUGAAUCUAAACACUAUUGAGUUUGUGAGAGAGGAACGUGCCGAGUUGUUAAAUGAAAUGCUUGAAAAAAGAGAGCGGCCAUUACAAAGGUCGCGAUCCUCGUCAUGUCUUGAUGAGUAUCUUUUGCCAUAUGACAAGCCUGUUUCGGAAGAGCAGGUUUGCAUGAAAUUUCUUCAACGUUUGAUGCAUUUAGCAAAGAUGGAGAGCUUGAGGGCUAAUCUGGACAGAUCUGGAAACGACAAAAUAAGGCGAACGUAUAAGCAGAUGAACUUCGAAUUGGUUAAGCUCCACAACAUAUAUUCACAGAUGCAAUCAAAGCACGAGAAUAUCGAAGACAAUUAUUCAGCAGUGCUUUCUGGCCGUAUGCGGGACAUAACAGAUAAUAUUGACAGAAUGGCAUUCAGAUCAAGAGACUUGUUAAAGAAGAUUAACGAAUUGGAUGAAAACACGAGGAAAUUUGACUUCAAUAUGAAGAAGGGAAGUGUCCAAAAGCUCGAGGAUAUCUCAGAGCAUCUAAUUCGCAGUCCCAAGUUUCAGUUGGUCUUUAAAGAUGACGAAGAAAGGCAGAAGAUUAUUUUCAGUUUGACUGGUCGUGAUUACAUUAAAAAGGAGGAUAAGGAAUAUGAGAAUACCUACUGGGGACUCCGGAUUCUUGUCACUUAUUUGUACGACUUAAUGGUCUUCGUUCUUCAACUUUUCAACUUUGACAGAUCGAAGAUGGACUUGGACAGAAUCAGGAAAAUCAUAUAG